AUGCUGCAUCGUUGUGUCGCAAACGAAAACAGACAAAUGCGCUUGCGCACAGUUUUCUAUGGUUACGGGACGCUUGAGUUUGUUUUAGAGCCGAAAAUGCCACCCAAGAAAAAAAAGUCAUCCAAAAAGGUAAGGAAACUUACCAAGGCCCAGAAGGCAAAGCUACAGCAAGAGGAGGAAGAGAGGAGGCUGCGAGAGGAAGAAGAAGCCCGACUGCAGGCAGAAAGAGAAGAACAGGAGAGACUAGAAAGAGAGAGGAAGCAGAAGGAGAUAGAAAGGCUGGAACUGAAGGACCUAGAGCGCAGAGAUGAUGAGCUAAAUGAACUGCGCCAUCUACUGGAGGAGAACCAUGCUGCAGUUACUAAAUGGAAGCAUGAUGCUGAGGAGACUGUCAAAUGGGAGAGAUACAUGCGUUGUGAUGGUGCACCUGACCCAGCAGUGCAGCGUGAGAUCAACACAUAUAUCAGCUUGUGGCAAGAUGACCCAGAGACCGACAUCACGCAGGUGCUCAAGGAAUGCAAGCUCGCUUUACAGCUGGUUGAGGACUUGGAAGAGUUGCUUAAAAAGGCUUCAGAUCCAUUAGAUGUCCAGAAGUACCAGGAGGCACUCAUAAAUUUGCAGGAGCUAAUUCACUGUAAACACAACCUUACCUCCGAGGAUAUCCUUCAGAGAGCCAGUGAGAACAUCGACAUUGAGACGGGGAACAUGCAAACUGUGGUCAAAGAUGACAAGAUAACAUUGUGCCUCUGGGCCAACUUCAAGAAGAAUCCAAGGUUUAAAGGUUUAAACUUUGAGGAGGUUGGUUUGGGUUUUUCACUUCCCCAGAAGCUGGCUGUCAGUGACAUCACUGUACGGAUCCUUCAUACACGCUAUGACCACCUGUCUACGCUGGCUAGGAUUACUCACCAGGGAAUACACACACCCAGCUUCAGGUGUCUUGUAGGAGACAAGGAAAUUUUUGAAGAUGUGGUCUUACCUGAUCAGGAGAAGACAGCAGAAGGUAAAGGAGGAGAGGAGGAUAAUAAUGCCAUGCAGCAGCAGAAAGCAGAUGAGGAGGUUCAGUCCAUCCAAGAGUCAGAAGGGAGGAAGAGUGUUGCAAGUAUACGGUCAAGAAAGAGCAGUCUACAACUUUCAGAAAGCCGAAGGAGCCAGAUACAAACACAGGUGGAGGCACUUGGUGCUGAAAGCGACUUGAUUAAUCCUCCAUCACCUCCAAAAACAACAGACCAUGGUACCCAGGUAGUUGAUCUGAUGCAAUACACACCUCUGGGUGGGAUUUUCUACUAUGACGUGUUUUACCUCCCUCCUCAAGCUCAUAAGGUUAACGGCUGGGAAAUUAAACAGCUGUCGGACACAGGGCUAAAGGUGUUCCAUUAUCCCACAAAUGAGUUCAACUUAGAUGACAAGGUUCUCAACAGACCCCUUGUUGGGGUUUCUGUGACACUUCCCGACUUUGUUGUCUUCUUAAAAACUCCACAAGUGGCUCGCUGGGAUACUGCAGGAAAGCAGUGGAGGAUGGAUGGUAUAACCGAUGUUUCCUAUGAGGAAGCUGAAGCUAAAAUUUCCUUCAAGAUGGACUCUUUCCAACCCUUUGUACUGAUGCAGGAAACAUAUGCCAACCUUCCCUUCGAAAGCUGGGAGCUCCGUCCGCUGGGCCAAGACUCUGCUGUAUUUACUGUUAAUGCGGCAUUCAUCAACCUCAGCAUCACAAUUAAGGAUAAUCUGUGUAUGCUGCAGUCAGAGUGUGAGAAAGGCCUCUCCCACCUCCUGGGGAAGUGGAUGAGGGGACCUGCCCUGCAAAAAGCCAUGCUAAACUCAGGGAUCAACAUCUUUGUGAAUGAGUACACAGACAAAUGUAUCAGUAUCGGUGACAAGGACCCACUAACAGAAUAUGCAGCCUAUGAACAGAUGGCUCUCUUUGCCUCUGCAUGUGCUUUCUCAUUGAGCAAAUGGAAUGCCAGAUGUGGACCUGAGCAUGUGGUAUUGCAGGUAUGUGAGCACCUCGACUCCAGCCCUGUACUUGAAAAGACAUGGAGUCUGUACCUGUUGGGUGCUCAGAGGUGUCAAAAACUGGAGAUCACAGAGAAGAGCGAAACCUUCUCCCCAGACUUUUACCCUGGCAGUGAGUUUCACUCCACCUUCAUCCACAUGCUUCAGGACAGCAUGAGCCCUGAUGGAGUUGCCAGAACCAGAAAAUCCCAUCACUUGUUCAUAGACACAGUGCAGACCCUGCUCUGUGCCACUAGACCCCUGGUUUAUUCAAAAUCUGUAUGUGAUUUAUCUAAUGGAUUACAAUAAAUACUUCAGUUUGAAAUGCUCAUUUGAACUGAUACAAGAACAAAAACGUGCUUUAGAACAGGUUA